AUGAAUUAAGAUUCAAGCUAUUAACAUGAUUACACAGUAGAUAUUAAACAACUAAAGGCGAUAAAUAGGAAAUAAUCGUAGGUAUGGGAUACUAUGAUAGAAUCUUAUCAAAAAAAAAUUUGUCAUCUAAAAUAGAAAGUUAAGAUUGAAAAAACAUAACAAAUGCAAUCAGAAAAUAAAUAAUAAUUGUAUCAAUAACAAUGUCUUGCAGCAGCAAACGCUUACUAGUUGGAUUUAUUUGAGCUAAGAAAAAAAGAUCUUAAAAAUCAAUUUGAGUCAAACAAGGCUAAUUUAAAUGAAUAGAUCGAUGAAAUUAAAAAAUCGUAUGAAUAAAUAAGUAAAAAUCUAUAGCCGCUUCCCUAAGAAUAGCCAAAAGAAUGUUCAUUUAUUGCAGCUGCUAGUUCUGAUUACACAUUAGUACUUGCAUUAGUUAAAAAAAAUAAUUAGAGAACUUUCAUUUCUUUAUAAAGCUUUUACCCUGAAUGUUACAUAUCUAAUUAUUAAGAUUGUGAAAAUAUAUCUGUGAUUGCAAUAAAAGAUAUCAGUUACUAAGCAUUCAGAAACUAAAUUUAAAAUAAAUUACUAUUAGCAAAUGCUGAUAAUAAGACUAUUAACUGUUAUAUGGUUAGUUAUGACAAGGAUAAGCUGUCCAAAGAAUUGAUUUUUUAAUAAGAGUUAGAACAUAAUAUUGAUUUGAUUCAUAUCACUAAGAACUUAUAAGUUUUUGUAAUCAGCAAACUGGGGGGUUUUGUUUAUUUAUUGAAUAAGAAUAAGAAAAAAUUAAUUUAUUAAGUAGGCCAUGUGAUUUGUGAAUCAAUAUAUCUUGAAAGUGAUGAUAUUUUAAGAGUUUCAAACCAAUUUAUGAUUAUCACUAUUUCGAAUUUGUCAUCAAUUUAAGAAGAUUAUGAAUAUGUUGAAUUGAGAACAGAGGAGUUUUCAGCACUGCUUUAUUUUCAUACAAAUUUACCAUCUCGUCAUUUGAAGUAUAUCUCACACCCAUAGAUUAUAAAUAAAUAAUAUUUUGUUUAUGUGAAAAAGAAUUAAGUUAGAGUUUAUGACUAUAUAGCCAAAGAUAAGAAAAAGUUUAAUGUAUCAACUCAAAACAUUCAAAUUGAAUUUCUCAACUACUUUGAGAAGACUAAUAGAUUAGUAUUUUGUGAUAGUUAGGGAUAAUCAUACAAAGUGGAAAAAUUUACAAAUCUAAUUGGGUGA